AGACGGGCCCGACCCUGCAGCCCGAGGGGCAGAGAAGGGGCCGGGAACAUGCUGCCGCUGAGAGACUGCAAGGCCUGGCAGGAUGCCGGACUUGCCCUAUCCACCACUAGUAAUGAGGCCUGCAAAAUGUUUGACGCCACACUGACUCAGUAUGCUACAUGGACCAAUGAUAAGAGUCUAGGGGGCAUUGAAGGAUCUCUCUCCAAGUUACAUGCAGCAGAUCCAACUUUUACAAUGGGACACGUGAUUGCCAAUGGCUUGGUUCUGAUUGGCACUGGGAGUUCAGUGAGGUUAGACAAAGAGCUGGACGGUGCGAUGAAAAAGAUGAUGGUACUCUCAGAAUCGCAACCACUGACUGAGAGGGAAAAGCUACAUGUGUCUGCACUAGACAUGUUUGCCAGUGGGCGUCUUCCUAAAGCUUGUGACAUAUGGGAUAAGAUUCUGCAGGACCAUCCAACUGACAUGUUAGCUCUAAAAUUUGCCCAUGACACUUAUUUUUAUCUGGGAUAUCAAACACAGAUGCGAGACUCUGUUGCCCGUGUAUAUCCUCACUGGACACCUAAUAUUCCACUUAGUAGCUAUGUGAAAGGCAUUUUCUCUUUUGGACUGAUGGAAACUAACCUUUUUGAUCAUGCUGAAAAGCUCGCCAGUGAGGCUUUAGCUAUAAACCAAUCAGAUGCAUGGUCUGUCCAUACCAUAGCACACAUAAAUGAAAUGAAAGCAGACCUGAAGAAUGGGUUGACAUUUAUGAAGCAAACUGAAAACAACUGGAAGGACUGUGACAUGCUUGCUUGCCAUAAUUACUGGCACUGGGCUUUGUAUUUCAUUGAAAAGGGUGAUUAUGAAGCGGCUUUGACAAUUUAUGACAAUCAUAUUGCUCCCAGAUGCAUGUCAAGUGGAAGUAUGCUAGAUGUAGUAGAUAACUGCUCCAUGCUGUACCGACUUCAGUUGGAAGGUGUAAAGGUAGGAGACAGGUGGAAUGAAGUUAUCCAACUCACAAAGAAACACUCCAAAGAUCAUGUUCUGUUUUUCAAUGAUGUCCACAUUCUCAUGUCUUCGCUAGGGGCCAAAGACCACAAAACCACCAAUGAGCUCUUAACAACUCUUCAGGAACUUGCAAAAGCACCUGGUGAAGACCAUGAGCUGGAUCUGGCUCCGAAGUUGGGGUUGCCACUUUGCCAGGCUUUGGUAGAGUUUGACAAUGGAAAUUAUGACAAGACAGUAGAAUUACUUUAUCCAAUUCGCUACCAGCUCUUACAGAUCGGAGGCAGCAAUGCUCAGAGGGAUGUUUUCAACCAGCUAUUGAUCCAUGCUGCUUUAAAUUGCAAAUCAAAAGCCCAUCAGAACCUGGCCAGAUGCCUCCUGACAGAACGUGAUGGGUUGAGACCAAAUUCACCAUUGACUGAGCGACUUAUUCGGAAGGCAUCAGCUGUUCAUGCGAUGGGAUAAAUCUUAAAUCUGUUAUUCCCGUGGAAAUAAUAAUUAGCACUAUAAUCAGUCGCUUUCUAUGACAUUAAAAGAACCAAAAUAGGGAAAAUAUUGCAUCAGCAGCCAUAUCAGAUCUUCUAAAUAUCUGAGCUUUGGGAAACUUGUUGUGGUGAUUCAGCAUCGUUGCUUGAGCUUCUGGACACCUCUGAUUCUAGCAAGAUUCUGACCUAGCUGUGUUUUGCAGGGCAAAACAGUAGCAAAUGAAGUAGAUAUCAAUCAUUUGUUUAAAGCAUGCUGAGCCAUUGCUUUUCAGGAGAGCGCAUCAGUCUUAUGCUUAUCAGGUUGUGGGAUAAUACUGCUAUUAUAAAGUUGUGCACUGCCAAAGUAGGCAGUGGUGUUGCUAUUCUAGAACAUGAGGGGAUGGGUUGAGCUGUCACAUAAAGAGCCUUUGAAAAAAGAUGACAUGUGGGAUGUACUAGGGAGGAAUAAAUGGUGCCAAAAUGUGUAGAAAGUGAACUAAUGUGUUGGCUCAAAGUGACUUUUGGGCCUCUCCCCCAUGACCAUAGAAGGCCCUAGCUCCACAGAACCACUGCUGCAAAUAAGGGCAGUAUUUGGGAACCCUUUGCUUCCAUGCAGUUCUGCUCCAUUGGGCUCCUAAUGCAUGUAGAGGUGGGGGAGGAGAGCAGGAAUUUGAACCAAGGAAUCCACUGACAGUCUUCUCCUAUAGACCGGCAGUAGCUGCAGGGGGUGCUUCAGCCAUGGAGUUGCAGUAAAGGUCUGGGGGAAGGUGAAUGAGGGCUUCUACCACACACAUAACACAGCCAUACCAGAGUGACACUACCCAGCAUGCAGCUAGGUCCUUUUGGCCUGCCUGCAGGUUCCAGGAUUUGGCUUCCAGUUCCUCAAAGGCAUAAUUUUGUAUCAUUUGCUAUUAAAGUCAUACAGAUAUGAACUGAUCUUGCAAGUCAACUGUUUCACAGUUGUUAAUCAAAUCUUCUUACUGCUUGAUGUUCUUAUUGCAUUUUUAAUGGAAGUUAUAUCCUAAUAAUGCGGCACAUUUUUAUAACAUGAGUGGAUAGUGUUAGAAAAAUCUUUGGGCAAUCUAUUAAGAAUUGUAUAGAUCAAGGGUCGGCAGCCUUUCAGAAGUGGUGUGCCGAGUCUUCAUUUAUUCACUCUAAUUUAAGAUUUCACGUGCCAGUAAUACAUUUUAAUGUUUUUAGAAGGUCUCUUUCUACAAGUCUAUAAUAUAUAACUAAACUAUUAUAUGUAAAGUAAAUAAGGUUUUUAAAAUGUUUAAGAAGCUUCAUUUAAAAUUAAAUUAAAAUGCAGAGGCCCCAGACCGGUGGCCAGGACCCAGGCAGGGUGAGUGCCACUGAAAAUCAGCUCACGUGCCGCCUUCGGUACGCGUGCCAUAGGUUGCCUACCCAUGGUAUAGAUCUUUUUUCGUAUGUAACUGUGUUCCUUUGAUUAGCAUUGAACUGAUACCUUACUUCUACAUUGCCAUAAAUUUUGCUCUUACAUUUGUAAUGUGAUUUAUGGCAUUCCUAAUAGUAUCCUAAAGAACUUCAUUAAAUUCAAGGAGAUGGUGA